UCUCGCCCAUGCCAUUCCUACAUGAAUAGAAUGGAUGUGAACUUCUGAAUAUCGGUUAUGGCUCUGUCAUGGAAUUCAAACCUAGUGUCUUUUGUGAAGUAGGACGCGUAUCCAGACCAUGUUGGAUUGAAUGGCAAUGUACCACGGUCAGACAUGCGAGUCGUGUACGACCAACAGUCGUCGCGUUUGCAAUAUCUUGUGAUAAUAAAGGCUCGCAUAGCCUAGUGUGAUAUCAUUUACUCAUUAAUUAGCUAGGCCUAGCUGAUAACAGAGUACAGCCGUCGAUGCGGUACUGAGCACAAAGCAAACCUCUUGUACAUAGGUUAUCCAGGCCUGUAAGAAUUCGCUAUUGUAACGAGCUUUCCGAGUGUCGUUCAACAGGAUGAACAUGCAUCGUCUUUAAUUGUUAAUUGGAAGCUUCGUUUCAUAUCCCCUUCUGAUGCAGAUCAUCUUAUCGUGGGAUGAAUUGGAAGAGAAAUCGCUCUUUACCCAGGCCACCCGUCCAGCUUUCUUGGAAAACGACGGUUCUCUUCCCGAGACAUUAGACAAGGUCCGUCUACCCGAGAACUUUGAGUCCUUGAAUCCAGCAGAACAGCAGAAGGCGAAAGCACUGCACCAAGCACAGACACUAUAUAAUCUCUACCUAGCGUGGUCACGACAAGUCAACCCUCUGGUCUUCGAAGCUAUUCAGAGCCAAAAGACACUCCGUCAUCAAGUCAGUGUUAUCCCGGGAUUGACGAUAAUGGACUAUGAGCCAUGCCUCAACAAUCUUCUUAGAGACAUACAGAAAGAGUGGCCGAGUAUAGUCGGGUCAGAGUUGGAUGGAGCUUCAUCAAUACCCUGCCCGUUGCAGUUCUCAGCGGAUGAAGUGCAGGACGAAGAACGGGAUGAGGAGCUGUGGGCUCAAGGCGUGAGGCUCAUGGAGGAAUUUACGAGCGACACGGUGUGCUUUAAGCAUUGGGAUGGGAGGGUUAAUGAACAGGAUUACGAGCUAUUGAGGAAACAGCUGGAUGAUGGGGUGGAGAGGUUUCUGCAGCGUGAGGCAAGCAGUGAAGAGGAGCGGAGGGAGUGGCUUGAAGCUAUACAGUUUGUGGAUUAAAAGGAUCCAUCUCUGAUGUGAAUAAACUUGCAGGUGAUGGUUGAGUACG